AUAAUAAUCUAAAAAAAAUUAACUGAAAUAAUAUUUUUAUAUCUAGGAAUUCUAAUUUCUUAGUUAGUCAUCGAUACCAAAUCUUCAUUUUUGUCUUUUUGUAUUCUUCGAAUCGUUAAUUAUGAAAAUAUUAAAUUUGAAAAUAACGUCGGAUUUCAUAGUUAAUAGCUUGUGUACCCUAACCCUAGGUGUGGGUGUUGCGGAAUAUACGACAAACGUGUUACUUACCAAUGUCUAUGUAAAAUAUUUUAAAGAAGAAUACAAGUAUGUUUUUUUUUUUUAAAUAUAAGUAUUAGUAUUUUCAUUAUUUAAAAAGCUCGAUAUUUUUAUAAAUAUUACGACUUACUAACACUGUGCUGAUUAUUACCAUAAAUUCUUUCCCAUCAAUGUUCAAUGUUGUCGCUCUGCACCGAGUGUAAUUAUCAGGGCUAGGAUUUUAUAGCACAGAAAAUAACUUAAAUAUGUGCUAUACUUUAGCCUAACAAAUCUUAAAAUAAAUUAUUUUACAGAAAUGGCCAUCCAGUUCCAUUAAGUGAAUCACUGCGAAAACGAUAUGAUUCUGUCGUGCAAGAUUUAAAGUACACAGAAUUCCAAAAAGCAUUUUCAACACCAUUUAUAGUUGAAAGCCUUAAACCGACAAGUAUUGGUUGUCUAAAUACACGCUCUGGUAGUUAUAUAGGAAUUCCCAAUACCUAUGAGUUGAAUACAAUUAAUGAUAUUUCAGUUUUAAAUGUGGAUAAUUCAGAACUACAAGUAUAGUACACAUUUUGUAACGUUAAUUAUUUUAAAUAAAAUUAAUAUAAUCUUUAUAUUAUUAUUUCUAGACGUAUAUACAACUUAUGAAUGAUAACACUGAAUUUGGUCAAAAGUUUAUGGAAUCAUUAAUACUCAGCGAACCUGCCAAAAAAUAUAGUAUUGCUCGAGAAAUGAUUCUCGCAGAUAAUUAUCGAUUAUUUAUUAAAUCUCUAUCAUGUCCUGGUACUUUAAUACCAAUGUAUGCUUUAGGAAGUACUAUCCUCAGCGCAAUACCGCCCAAUCCAGUAAAAAUUAGAGCAUUAGCAUUUUUUCUCCUAUGUAAUGUUGGAGUCAUUUUGUGGCUAUUUAUUCGUACUGCUAUUGAAUAUUUUUAUCAAAGUGAAGUUGAGAAAACCAUAUGUGAUAUUGGUGAAGAAUAUAUUCAUGGUGGUAUAGAAUAUAAUAAAAAACUAAUUCAGAGAAAUUUAGCUUUAAGAAAUAUUAUACCUGAUGGUAGAAAGAUAAUUUCUGAAGAAGGAAAUGAAAUUCCAUUAUUUUCAAUAUUUACAGAAUCUCUACAUCAUAAAAUAAAAUAUCUUGAACACAGAUUAAAAGAAUGUAAAGAUAAUAAAAAUGAAACUUUAACAUAAUUAGAUACAAUAGUUUUUCUUUCAGAUUACUUAUAGGUUUUGAACUUUUUAGUUAUGUUUAUCUUAUGUCCAUAAUAGUUUAAUCUAAAAUGUCAUUAAUAGUUUAAUAAUUUCAUUAUUAAUAUGCUUAUUGAACUGUAAACAAAAUACUUUAUUAGUAUUUAAUACAAAAUUAUUUGACUUAUAUGUUUGUAAUUUUUUUGUUAUAAUACUUAUUACCAUGAAUUGUCCUAUAC